AUGGCCGCCACCACUUUACGCGCCGUCACACAUCGCUUGACGACCACCCCAGUCGACCAGCUACCCUCGAUAGCUGCAUUCCUCGCGACCUCGCUGAGCGAUUGUGCCGAGCUCCUCUCGGCACCACAAGCCCAAAAACCGGGCAAGGGGGACUCCGAUCAUGCCGCUCAAAUCCACAAGCUGAAGACUCGUCUCGUCAGUCUGCUGCAGGACCGGAGUGUCGAGGGACGAUGGACGGCCGUGGUUUUAGUGAAGGCCGCUGUUGAAGCGGGACAGUGGGAGAUGUUGCGGGGCUAUGAGCCGGUUGUUCGCAGUCUGAUCGGGAUUCUGGCGAAACCCGACCCAGUAUCCACACGAAAGAUGUGUAUUAUCACUUUGACUCGCAUUUUCCACCUUACAUACCAGUACCCGACUUUAGUUCGCGAAAUUACCACUCCGCAUCUGCCAGGGUUUGUCACUGCUGCACUGAACUUGGUCUCGACGCUGGUUAAGCUUCCAUCUGGAUCGACCCGCAAGCCGAAGCCCAACACGCCAUUUAUGGAGAUUGUCCUUCAUGCCAUCCUCGAAUUGGUUCCUCGUCACCCUACGAUCUUCCGUCCUUUUGGCUCCCAGCUUCGGUCUCUGCUCGCGGAAAUUCUUGGGUCUUCGCAAGUCUAUUAUUCCGAACAAGUGUUUGAUGUCGCAGAGCAGCUAUUCGCCUCUCUUUACAAAUGUGCGCCGAAGGACAAGUCGGGGCCGGCUUGGACUGAUGACUGCAAGUCGACCAUCCUAUCUGCCCACAGAGCAGCCGACCAUGUGUUCCGGGCUGUUGCGGAGCAGUGGGAAUCUGUGAACCCUACUUUGGUUCCAGCAAAACAAAACUACAGUAAUGAAUUGGCAGAUACGAAUCCUGAUGCCUUGGGACUUCCGGGUUGGGCUGGAAUUCAUUUUGGAACCGAUAGACUGAUCACACUAUUGCGCCUUCUCUCUAACUUCAUUUCUAUGCCGUCUGCUGUCACAAUCGCCAUUCCUCUGGGUUCAAUUCUCGACUUGACCUCUCGGCUUACCUCGGUGACAGUCCCGCCAAAUGGCGAAGCUUCUCAGAAUGGUGUUCAAUUCAACCCUCAAAUCAGCCGGGACGAGCGGGAGCUCUUGUGGGCUGAACUGCCCCGCAUUCAUAUUGCUUGUAUGGAUUUGCUUGCACAUGUUGCUUGUGUGUUAGAGAACAGCACAACUGCAAUUUCGCAAAGUAUUUUGGAGCAGGUUACCUGGGUCUUCAAGAACGAGAAGUUCCGCAGAGACGUCCGCUCGGCUUCUUAUAGCUUGCUUACCUCCCUCUUGACCUUAAAUGGACCUGCAAUGACGAAGCAGAGCGUGGCCUCUAUUGCAAAUGUCCUUCGGGUUUGCUGUCAUGACCUGCUCCCUCAGAUUGAAGAAUCUGGUGUAGCAGGCAAGUUCCAGUCUGAGUCCAAAUCGAAGUCGAAGGGUGGCCAAGGCACGGCCAAUGCAGACUCAUUUUUGAACCCUGAGCUUCGGAAGAACCAGCCAUUGAAAGCUGGUCCCCAAUUCCCCCAGCUUCAACAAGCUGCCUCUGGUCUCCUGCAAAGUGCCCUGGCGUCUAUUUCCCCCAAUCUUCUGGUACCUUCAGUUCGUGCUGAAAUUGACCGCACGAUCAUCCUGACUGCCGAUAAGAACGCUAUGCUUGCGAGUGUCCUCAACCCGAUUCCGGCUGCCAAGGGCCGUGGAGCUGGCGCCAGCAUCAUGCCGUUCCUGGUCCGGAGUUACUCCGAUCAAAUGGACGUUGAGGCUCUGGUUCGUCCCAGAAUGCCGGUUCUGAUGACCUCGGCGGAGCUUGAGGCUUAUACCGAGAUGGAGGAGGAGGAAGAGGCUGAUGAGAUGGCUGAUGAGCCAUUCACUGCUGCCCCACCAAGGUCUAGCUUCUUGAACGAGACGGCCGCUGCUUAUGCCGAGGCCAAGAACCGUGAGCACUCUCCGGUUUCAGUGGCACCGCUGCACAAGCGGACCUAUUUCGAAGAGACUACUACCGAGUCGCACAUCUCCUCGGCAUCGGAGCAGCAGCCCGUGCAGGUCAAGAAAGCGCGUUUCGAGGAGAAUAUCCAACAAGCACCGGCUGCUACCACUCAUGUCUCUACACCUCGAUCUACCAAGGUCGAGGGAUCGAUGGUCCCUCAACAGGUCCAAGUUGCUCCUCAAGUAUCAACAAACUCAGCACCAUCUCAUUCUGCAGCUGGAACACCGUUGCCUGUUGAUGAUAGUGACGAUGAGCUGCCUACCUUGAAUAUCGAUUCUGACACUGAUGAUGAAGAUGACGAGGACGACGAUGUCGCGAUGGAGGGGUAG